AUGAGUGAGCUCCUAGAGUUAUUAUUGAAGGAAUGUAAAACUGAGAGUGGAUGGAAUGUAGAGAUGUUUUCACGCCUAGUGGGGAUGGAAAAAGCAGAGGAAUUGGUGGAACAACUGAGCUCUCUGAAAUCUGGAAAGGAUAAGUUGAUAUGGCUGAAGAACCCGAAUGGGGACUUCUCUACUAGCAGUGCUUGGCAAUGUAUUCAGGCUAGAGCUCAGGAAAUCCCUUGGACGAAAUGGGUAUGGCAUGUGGUGAUUCCUAAGAAGAUUUCAAUCAUUAUGUGGAAGGCUAUACAUGAAUGCUUGGCCGUUGAUGAUAGGAUCCGAAAAGUGGGAAUUCAAGUAGCUUCAAGAUGCGAUUGUUGUAUUUCUGGUGCUUAUGAGGAUAUGAACCAUGUUCUUGCAACAGGGGAAUUUGCAAAGAUGAUUUGGAGUAUGUGCUCUAAUCAACUGGGCAUGAGAAAUAUGGCUGGGAUAAAUUGGAGAGGAAGAGUGGAUUGUUGGCAUCGGCAUGCUAGAGGGUCAACACAAAGGGGACAAUUAAUUGGUUUUAUUCCAUUGGUCUCUCGGAUUGCAUUGAGGCUCAAGGAGUCAAAAGCUCAAACUAGGCGUGAUGAAGAAAUAUUGAAGGACUUGCAGUUGCCAAUUAAAGCUCUAGUACCAAUGGUUAUGAAGCAGGAAUGGUGGUUAAGGCCAAAAAAUGGUUGGUUUAAAUUAAAUGUGGAUGGUGGUUCUUUUGGUAAUCAGGGUCCUUCAGGUGUGGGUGGUGUAAUUCGUAAUGAUCAAGGUGAGUUUGCAAAAGGAUGUGGGCUAUGGUAUUUGGAGGAUUAUUGGGAAGAAAUAUUGCAAUUACUUGACGAGCUUAGUUUUUCUAUGAAUCAUUCUUAUAAAGAGACCAAUGUGGCUGCAGAUGGAUUGGCUCGUAGUGGAGCAAAGGGUUGUAAUGAAUUAUGGUUUUCAUUUUCAGAUUUACCUUUGGCUAUUAAAGGUAUUAGUAGAUUGGAGAAGAUAGGAUGCCCUUAUAUGAGGAUUGCUCAUUCAGACGUAUAG